UAUAUCAUCAUCAUCCCUUUCUAAAACCUCUCACUUGACAGGAUAAUACACUACAUUAUUCAAAAGCCACUUUUGAAUUCCUCUCUUCAAUGGCAUGAACAUUUCUUCUCAUUCUUCCAUCAAACACUCAUCAAUGGCUUCAUCCACAGGGUUCCGCCUUUUCCGUUACCACUUCACCCGUUCAGAUGCUUCCACUCCAUUGUAUACACUUCGACAGGGCGUUUCGCAGCUCCGUUUUCUUUCAGCCGCUCCUUCGAGACGAAUUCGUCCGGUGAAGGCCCGGAAGAAGGAGGACACUGCUACUAAGGAGGAAGUAGAUGAAGGGAACGGUAGUAUCAUUCUGAAGGAUGCUCAAAGUGGAAAUGAUGGGAGGAUCAUCCCUACGGAGCUCCAUAAAGAGGCUACGGAAGCAUAUAUGGCGUAUGCAAUGUCGGUAUUGUUAGGUCGAGCCCUACCUGACAUUCGGGAUGGCUUAAAGCCUGUGCAUCGUCGCAUAUUAUUUGCGAUGCAUGAAUUGGGACUUUCCUCACGAAAACCAUACAAGAAAUGUGCUAGAGUUGUUGGAGAGGUUCUUGGUAAGUUUCAUCCACAUGGGGACACUGCUGUUUAUGAUUCUAUGGUCCGAAUGGCUCAGGAUUUCUCCUUACGCAGCCCACUCAUCCAAGGGCAUGGUAACUUUGGUUCCAUUGAUGCAGACCCCCCUGCUGCCAUGCGUUACACAGAGUGCAGGCUGGAACCACUUACCGAGGCGAUGCUGUUGGCUGAUUUGGAUCAAGAUACAGUUGACUUUGUUCCGAAUUUUGACAAUUCACAAAAGGAGCCAUCUCUUCUUCCUGCCAGGCUUCCACAGUUGUUGUUGAAUGGCUCUUCUGGCAUAGCGGUCGGCAUGGCCACCAAUAUACCUCCACAUAAUCUUGGGGAGCUUGUUGAUGCACUUUCUGCAUUAAUUCAUAACCCAGAAGCUACGCUCCAACAACUGAUGGAAUACAUGCCGGCACCCGACUUCCCAACCGGCGGCUCAAUUAUGGGUACUGCAGGCAUCUUGGAGGCUUAUCGAACUGGACGAGGGCGCAUUAUAGUAAGAGGGAAGACCUCUUUUGAAUUGAUUGAUGCCAAGACAAAGCGUAAUGCAAUCAUCAUAGAAGAGAUUCCUUAUCAGACGAACAAAUCUUCUCUUGUUGAGAAGAUUGCCGAGCUUGUGGAAGGCAAGACAAUUGAAGGAAUAAGUGAUAUUCGCGAUGAAAGCGAUAGAUCCGGAAUGCGCGUCGUUAUUGAGCUUAAACGGGGAUCCGAUCCUGCUGUUGUGCUUAAUAACCUGUAUCGACUUACUCCACUUCAAACUAGUUUCAGUUGCAACAUGGUCGGUAUUCUUAAUGGACAACCUCAACAAACUGGUCUGAUGGAAAUGUUAAAGGCAUUCUUAGAUUUUAGAUGCAAUGUAAUUGAAAGACGUGCCAGGUUUAAAUUAACACAAGCACAAGAAAGAAGUCACAUUGUUGAGGGUAUAAUAGUGGGACUGGGUAAUGUGGACGAAGUAAUUAAAAUAAUCAAGGAAGCUCAAAAUAAUGCCAUGGCAUCAGCAGCCUUGAGAAAAGCAUUCAACUUGUCUGAGAAGCAAACAGAUGCAAUACUAGAUAUAAAUCUGAGAAAGCUUACACGACUUGAGAGAAAUAAGCUUGUCGAUGAAAAGAAAUCCUUGUCAGAGCAAAUAUCUCGAUUAGAGGAGCUCUUGUCCAGUAAAAGACAAGUCCUCCAGCUCAUAGAAAAUGAAGCAGUUGAGCUUAAGAAUAAAUUUUCUAAUCCAAGGAGGUCAGUGUUGGAAGAAACAGAUGCUGGCCAGGUUGAAGAAAUAGAUGUUAUCCCAAAUGAGGAAAUGCUACUGGUAAUCAGUGAGAAGGGUUAUAUGAAACGAAUGAAACCAAAUACUUUCAAUCUUCAGAAUCGAGGAACAAUUGGCAAAUCAAUCGGGAAAUUACGAGUAAAUGAUUCAAUGUCUGAUUUCUUGGUAUGUCGCGCUCAUGAUUACAUCAUGUAUUUCAGUGACAAGGGAAUUGUUUACUCUGCUCGUGCCUAUAAAAUUCCAGAAUGCACCAGGGCUGCUGCAGGCACCCCACUGGUACAGAUCUUAUCCUUAUCAGAUGGAGAGAGAAUAACUUCAGUAAUUCCUGUGACUGAAUUUGCUGAAGAUCACUAUCUUCUUAUGCUUACCAUGCAAGGAUAUGUUAAGAAAGUGUCUUUGAAUUCUUUCUCAUCAAUCAGGUCAUCGGGUAUUAUUGCAAUUCAAUUGGUCCCUGGUGAUGAACUAAAGUGGGUUCGUCGAUGCACAAAUGAUGACCUUGUUGUAACAGCUUCACAAAAGGGAAUGGUUAUUGUUGCUUCUUGUGGCAUUGUACGUGCUCUUGGAAGGAAUACAAGGGGAUCUGUUGCUAUGAGGCUUAAGGAGGGAGAUAAAAUGGCUAGCAUGGAUAUGAUUCCAGCUGCUAUGCGGAAGGAUGUGGAGAGAGUUUCAGAAGGACGAGGAAAAGUGUCGGGAGGUCCAUGGUUGCUAUUCAUAUCAGAGAAUGGCUUUGGCAAGCGUGUUCCUCUCAGCACAUUCCGUUUGUCAUCUUUGAAUAGAGUUGGUUUGAUUGGUUAUAAGUUUUCGACAGAAGAUGACCGAUUGGCAGCUGUAUUUAUUGUUGGGUUUUCUUUGGCGGAUGAUGGUGAGAGUGACGAGGAGGUGGUUCUAUUGAGCCAAAGCGGAACACUCAAUCGAAUAAAGGUUCGAGAUGUGUCUAUACAGUCCCGAUAUGCAAGGGGAGUGAUAUUGAUGCGAUUGGAGCAUGCUGGAAAGAUUCAGUCAGUGUCUUUGAUAUCAGCGGCAGAAAGUGAGGUAGAGGAACUCGAACUCGACGAAGUUGCUUCUGGCUGAGGGAUCCUCCUUUUGAGUUAUCUCCUUUUUUUUUGUAACAUACUAUUGCGAGCAUUAGCCUCCUUUUUUAAUCCUUAUUCUGUUGUAAGGUUAGUUGUACUAGAUAUAGGGACCUAAACGAAUUCAGAUGCUCUUCCCAGUUUAAAUAUCUUUUGGGUGUAUUAUACCCGUUUUUGUUU